AGGUCCAGAGUCAAAGCAGAGCUAAACGCCUCGACAGAGAGUGCAGAGCGUCCACCGUACCGUAGCAGAGCAACGGCGACGGUGCGACACCAUGCGCUCUCCGGCGAGCCUGCUGCACCGCAGCACGGCCGCCGCCGGCCCCGGCGAGCCUCCAUCGCUGCCGCCGCCUCGGCCCGAGCAGCAGUCGCUCGUGGUCACCGUGGACUCGGACAUGGCGGUGAUCCUGGCGUCGCUGCUCUGCGUCCUCCUCUGCGUCCUCGGCCUCGCCCUCCUGUCCCGGCGCGCGUGCCGCCGCCGGUCCUCCGACAACUACCCUCCUCCCCCCAAGGGCCUCAAGAGGAAGGCCAUCGACGCGCUCCCCACCGUCUCCUUCGCCGCGGCAGCUUCGUCGUCGUCGGAGUGCGCGAUAUGCCUGGCGGAGUUCGCCGACGGAGAGCCCGUGCGCGUGCUCCCGGGAUGCGGCCACGGCUUCCACGUCGCCUGCGUCGACGCCUGGCUCCGGACUCGCGCCACGUGCCCGUCCUGCCGGGCCGCCAUCGUUGCCACGCCCAUGCAGAUGCAGGUACAGCCAGCGGCGGCGCCCACCGUGGUAGUUGUCGUGGCAGGGAGUAGCAGCUGCCGGAGAUGUGGCCAGGUGACGGCGCCGGCCGGUGCACGUGCUGCCGACGGGGCGUUCUUGGCUUAGUCACCGUUCUUGGCUCGGCCUCUGCUUUUUAUGAGUUCGUUUAUUAUGGUGCUCUGCUCUCUGGCCAAAUGAAGCCAAUGAAGCUUUAAUCAGUCUCCAUCAGCAUCAGUUUGCCGUUCAUUGCAAAACAAGAUGAUAGCAGCUUGAGGGAUGGAGAUCCAAAGACAAAGUAAAAAGGACAAACUCAUCAUUUUCUUUGUUGUUGUUUUUCCUUCCUUCUUCGAAAGAAUAGUUUUUGUUGGUUGUCGUCCAAGCUUUCAACGUUGACGUGUAUGCAAUGUACAACUGGCACGAUUCAGACAGGUCGUGACAGAGCGAGUCAGUCUCAUGGUUCUUGUUUUUUUUCUCUA